CGGCCGCCGUCGCUGCCUUGCCGGCUUCGUGCGUCCAGCGGAUCUCUCGCCAGGAUGGUUGGGGGGAUUCCCGCCAAGGGGCUGCACGGGGCCGUCAGGCCGGCCUAUGAGGGGAAGUUCGUCGACCGCUUCCCCGAGCUCCCCGCAGCUGGAGUACUGAUGCCAGUUGGAGAUACAGCUGCCUCUUGUCUGACAGAAAUCUUACCCCAGCCAAUUACUCCACCUGUUGUAAAAAAGUUUCGAAAUACUAGCAACCCUCUGACUGGUAGAGAGAGAAUAUUUUAUGGGCGAGCAAAUGAUCCUGAUAUUGCAUCACAUUUGACACACGGUAUAAAAACUAUCACCUCAGAGAGUGUAGCUUCACUGGCAAAUCCACCUCCCAAAACGUGCUUUCAACAAAAACUGAAAGAGAAGAAAGAAAGCAUUUAUUUAAGCAGUCAUGAGGCUCCCCUUGGGAAAUCCCAUGAUCAGUCAUUAAGAUUACCUAAAGGACUGGAUGUCACUAACACUCGAUUUGGAGUAGCAACUCUCAGAGAGGGUCCUGGUGGAGAGGUUAUAAAUCCACCAAAGACAUUUGAUGAAGUCCAGAGUGAAGCACAAAAAGGACAUGAAUUAUAUGUUUUAACACACAAUGAUUAUUAUGUUGGGGAGUCAGUGAAUAGAAAAUACAACCCAUCUACAUUCAACAGAUUUAAUCUUUAUGGAAAAGAAACACCCCACUUUAAUGAUGGACGAAAUGUCGCUAGAACGUUUCGCUGGCUCCAUGAUCUACAGAUGAAGAAAUCAGCAAAAAUAGUGUCUAAACUAAGUGACGAUUUCAAGGAAAAGUUUCAGCCUCAGCUUGGAAAAGUCCUUGAUCCCAUAGCAGAUACCCUCAAUGUUCCUCCAGACCACACAUUUGGAGUGCUAGCUCGUCCUGAAGAAUAUGGUGUUGGGGACCUUCUUCAUUAUAGGCUUCCUAGUGAAUACCUUCGUGGUAAAGACAGAGAGCGGGCUGUCUUUACUGCAGUUCGACAGGAUCUGAAGAAAGCUAAUUACCACAAUUUUGAAACAUUAUUACAAGCAUUCAGGCAUUACGAUAAGGAUGGUGAUCGGAAAAUAAACAGGGAAGACCUGAAAAAGGCCUGUUUUCAACUUAACCUGAACCUGGAUGAAGAGCUCUUGGAUGCUUUAUUCAACUACUGUGAUUUAGAUAAAGAUGGUUUUAUAAACUAUCUGGAGUUUGUGAAUUUCCUUAACUGGAAAGACAAAACAUCUCUUAAUGAGUAUGAAGAAAAAAUAAUUACAAAAGGCAAAAGGCCAGGUCCCUUUGAUCUCAUUCCACUAGACAAUGCAGAAGUCCAACUAGAUGAAGAUGCUGUGUUAAAGCAGGAAGACAUUGUGUUAAAAGAACCUGGAAGUUUAGAAAGGACACCCAGAACACUUUCAAGACCAACAGAUCGUGUAUUUUCUGACUAUCGUACAACUUCCUCUCAAUAUAAUGCAGUUGUAGGAGGCGUUCCCUCAUCAGCUUAUCCACUAUGUGGUGUUGCAACCAUUCGUGCGGAUAUUCCUGCUCCUCGAGUCCGUCGCAUCAGUGACAACACUAAUUAUGGUGAUCAAGCCACAACUUAUGCACUGUUAUACCCCUCUAUUUACAGCAAUAAAGGAGUGUAUGAAAAAGACAUCUUCAAAACAAGAUCAAAAGAAGAGAUUGCACGCAUUUUGCGUAACAUUGGUGUCCAACUUUCGGAUGAAAGCUUUGAUGAAAUAUGGAAGCAGGCCUCCCUGAAAGAUCAUAGAGGAGAAGUCUGUGUGGAAUCCAUCAGAAAUGUAUUGGAUGAGAUGCAGGCAGCAUACAUAAAAAGCAGAUCAUGAUGCUUCCCUCAGUUCUCUAAUAUUUAUUUAAUUUCACGAGCAAUCCCAAGUGGCAUGUAGUUCUGCUAUAUGAAUUCUCCUAUUUUAUGCCUUUUUUAAAAAAAUAAGAACGAAUGAUGUGUAUACAUACGUUUAUUUACUGGAAAUAAUAGACCUUUUCAAUAUUGAAUCAGAAAUGUAUUUUCAAUAUAUUAAAAAAGUUAAGCAUCCAGAAUGAGAAA